CUCUCUCCUUGCUUGUGUAGUGUGUGGGUUGGGGUUGGUGGAGGCUCCUAUCUUGCCCGCACUUGGUCCGCACUUGUGCUUGGGGGGCUUUUGUGUCCGGCUUUUGCUUUGCUUUGUGUGUGCGAGUUUUUGCUUUGCUCCGCGGCGCUCCUCCUGGGCGGGAGCCGUGAGGCUCGAAGGCGGCAGCGCGGUCCCCCCCCACCCCGGGCAAAGAGCGAGCGCGCCGGCGUGAGCUGCGGGUGUGAGGUCUGCGGGGAAGGGGAUUCGCCGCGGAGAUGCCGGAGUUCCUGGAAGACCCCUCGGUCCUGACGAAAGAGAAGUUGAAGAGUGAGUUGGUCGCCAACAAUGUGACGCUCCCGAUCGGGGAGCAGCGCAAAGACGUAUACGUGCAGCUCUACCUGCAGCACCUCACGGCGCGCAACCGGCCGCCGCUCGCCGCCGGCGCCAACAGCAAGGGGCCCCCGGACUUCUCCAGCGACGAGGAGCGCGAGCCCACCCCGGUCCUCGGCUCCGGGGCCGCCGUCUCAGGCCGCAGCCGGGCCGCAGUCGGCAGGAAAGCCACAAAGAAAACUGAUAAACCCAGACUAGAAGAUAAAGAUGAUCUAGAUGUAACAGAGCUCACUAAUGAAGAUCUUCUGGAUCAGCUUGUGAAAUACGGAGUGAAUCCUGGUCCUAUUGUGGGAACAACCAGGAAGCUGUAUGAGAAAAAACUGUUGAAACUGAGGGAACAGGGAGCAGAGUCAAGAUCAUCUACUCCCCUGCCAACAAUUUCUUCAUCAGCAGAAAAUACAAGACAGAAUGGAAGUAAUGACUCUGACAGAUACAGUGACAACGAGGAAGGAAAGAAGAAAGAACACAAGAAAGUGAAGUCCACUAGGGAUUUUGUUCCUUUUUCUGAACUUCCAACUACUCCCUCUGGUGGAUUUUUUCAGGGUGUUUCUUUUCCUGAAAUCUCCACCCGUCCUCCUUUGGGCAGGACUGAACUACAGGCAGCUAAGAAAGUUCAUACUUCUAAGGGAGACCCACCUAGGGAACCUCUUAUUGCCACAACCUUGCCUGGCAGGGAACAGUUGCAGAAGUUAGCCUCUGGAGGGAAUUUGUUUACUUCCUCCAAGUCUAGCCAUGAUAGAUGUGUAGAGAAAAGUUCUUCGGCAUCUUCUCAGCAUGAACUCGCUGCCAUGUUGGUCUCUGCUGCAGCUUCUCCUUCACUGAUUAAAGAAACCACCACUACUUGCUAUAAAGAUACAGUAGAAAAUAUUUAUCGUGGAGAGAAAAGUGGAAUUCAACCAUUGUGUACUGAGAGGUCCCGUGUUUCAGAUCAGUCAGUUCUCUCCAGUGAAAGGAAAGCACUAGAAGAGUCUGAGAGAUCACAAGUAAUUUCUCCACCACUUGCUCAGGCAAUCAGAGAUUAUGUCAAUUCUUUGUUGGUCCAGGGUGGGGUAGGUAGUUUGCCUGGGACUUCAAACUCUACACCCCCACUGGAUAUAGAAAACAGAUGGAAGAGAAUUGAUCGAUCUGAUUAUCAAGACACUGAAUCCCUGUCUCCUCCACGAAAAUUCCCUAGGCCCAGUGAAAAGACAGUAGAGGAAAAGGAUUCAGGUUCCUUUGUGACAUUUCAAAAUACACCUGGAUCUGAACUGAUGUCAUCUUUUGCCAAAACUGUUGUCUCUCACUCACUCACUACCUUAGGCAUAGAAAUGUCUAACCCAUCACAACAUGAGAGAAUAGAUGCCCCAGAACUAUCUUUUCCCUUCCAUGAAUCUAUUUUAAAGGUAAUUGAAGAGGAGUGGCAGCAAAUUGACAGGCAACUGCCUUCGUUGGCAUGCAAGUAUCCAAUUUCCUCCAGAGAGGCAACACAGAUGUUAUCAGUUCCGAAAGUAGAUGAUGAAAUACUGGAGUUUAUUUCUGAAGCCACUCCACCAGUAGGUAUUCAGGCAGCUUCCACGGAGUCCUGUGAUAAACAGUUAGACUUAGUACUUUGUAGAACAUACGAAGCUGCAGCAUCAGCAUUGCAGAUUGCAACUCAUACUGCCUUUGUAGUCAGGGCUCUGCAGGCAGACAUUAGUCAGGCUGCACAAAUUCUUAGCUCAGAUCCUAGUCAUAUGCACCAGGCACUUGGGAUUCUGAGCAAAACAUAUGAUGCAGCCUCAUUUCUUUGUGAAGCUGCAUUUGAUGAAGUAAAGAUGGCUGCCCAUAGCAUGGGAUCUUCCACUUUAGGUCGCCGCUAUCUCUGGCUAAAGGACUGUAAAAUUAAUCCAGCUUCAAAGAAUAAGCUGGUGGUUACGCCCUUUAAAGGUGGAACAUUAUUUGGAGGAGAAGUACACAAAGUAACUAAAAAGCGUGGAAAUAAACGCUAAUAACGUUAAGAAUAAAGAUACCUAUUUGAUCUUUGAUACGGGGAACUUAGCAGCUUCCCUAAGAACUUCAAAUGCUUUUAUGCCAAAAUUUUCUUUGAAAAUCUUUUUUUUAGUCUCCAGGUUGGGCUGUUUUCAAAGUCAAGCUUCUACCCAUCAAAUUACAAUAUAAAAGUAUUUGCUUACAUAGAACUACCUUUUUUUAUUUUUUCAGUUGCACAGAUAGAAAAAGCCUGAUACAAACAAUUUAAAGAUUUGUAGGUCACAUUUUUGCCCCAUACAGUUCAUUCUCUCCUAUUAAGAUUUUACAAUUCUCCAAAACUAAGAAAAUGCUAAUAACUAGAAUGUAAGUGGAGUCUUCACUGAUUUAAGUUUUACUAAAUAUCUUUUCACUUUCUGGAAUUUGUCUACUUUUUUUUUUCUUUUCUUUUGUUUGUUUUUUAUUUCUGUAUUCCUUCAUAAUCUAGAUCAAUGAAAUUCAAAGUGCCAGUCUACAGACAGUUAUUGAUCCACAGAUAAGUAUGCACCAGAAUUUGGAUCUAGAGACACUUUUUAGAUCAAUGACAGUGUUUAUUUUUGUGGCAAAAUUUUAUUGAUAAAACAAUGUGCCAGUUUACAUUCUGGUACAAGUGUCUCAUUUCUUCAAGGACUGGUAGCAACAGUUCCUGGACCACACCUUACAAAAUACUUCUCUAAACCAUAUAAUUCUGGAAUAGCGCAUUCUCAUCACUGUAGUUUGUCAGAUGAACUAGACACUGGAAAAGUGGGGCUUUUUUUUUUUUAAUACUUUCAAGUUAUGUUGUGGUUCAUGGAUGAUUAGGUUUAACCUAAAUUCUAAAAAGCAAAUUUAUUAGGUUUUUAAAAAUUCAUAAGAAAUCAUAUUAUAUUCUUUUGUAUAAAGCAGUAUAUUCUGUGUUUUCAUUUCUAUGAUUGUAAGAUGAGUCUAACUGUAGAGGCAUUUAAUAAUCAAGUUUCUUUGUAUUUUUAUGGAAAAUAGUAGUAUUAAGUAUCAGCAAAAUACAGUCCCUUUGGUCCUCCUGGCCAUUAUCAUAUUCUUAGUAUACAUGUCCAUCUUUGCAGGUUCCUGGGAGUAAUUUUAUUUGUUAUUUGUCUUCUGGAAUGUACAUGUAUACAUGUACCUACUAAGUGCUAUGUGACUUUUUUUUAAAUGUAUUACUGUAGAAUGCUUCUGCAAAUUCAAUAAAGUUGUAAUUUGAACAGUUUUGUGUGGUCUCCAGAAACCUGUUGUAUGUGUGUUUU